AUGGACUAUGAUAGUUUUGAUUCUUUCUACUGUAUAGCAAAUGAAUAUCUGAAUACAGUAAUCUAUUCAAGUGAAUUCACAAGCAACCAUCCAAUAUACGCUCGUAUUGGCGGCUUUGCAGCUAAUUACUACUAUGAAACUAUUCAAGUGACAGUUCCAAUGGGUGGCUUAUAUACUUUUCAAUGUGACAGUACUAUUGACUCGUUUGUCUCUCUCUAUUACACAAGUUUUAAUCCAUCCAAUCCGGCUUUAAACUUCUUUACGUCAUUCGAUGAUAGUGAAACUGAUAAUUGGGAAUUCCAAUUUACACUGAAUUUUCCUUCCGCUUAUACAAUUAUUUUUGUUGUUACAACUUACAGUCCAAAUGUGAUUGGGCCAUUCUCAAUCGUUGCAACUGGCCCAACUAGAGCGACCUUUAUUUGGACCAGCAUUGUGAAUCCAACAACGACAACAACACCGACAACGACAUCAACUACAACUACUACAACAACACCGACAACGACAUCAACUACAACUACUACAACAACACCGACAACGACAUCAACUACAACUACUACAACAACACCGACAACGACAACGACUAAAACUACCACAACAACACCGACAACCACAACGAAUAAAACUACUACAACAACGACAACAACUGAAACUACUACAACAACGACAACAACUGAAACUACUACAACAACGACAACAACUGAAACUACUAACGGGUGUCCCAGAAUAAAUUAUACCAUUCGUAUUUUGAGUAUAACUCUUCUAUUAUCCAUUAGAUCGGGACAUCUUUUUAUACUAAAAGAUAGCGCUUGA